GUCGGAGUGGAAGAGUGGACAUGUCCACCAUGGGCUGGUGGCGCCGCUGGGUGCCCGGGGCCGUGUGGGGGCAGUAGACUGUGCGUGGGCUGCGCCGUGGCUGACCUGUCGGCCUGGGGCGGGGCAGCGCCUUGAGGUGCGGUGUGGCGAGCUCUACCCUUCUCCGAGACGACUUGCAAGAGGAAGAGGGACUAGGUCCAAACGCUAGGUGGCGGUGUGCAGGUCCCUGGCAUUUUGACUCUGUUCCUGUGGAUAAGAACACUUGUUCUGAAGUUCCAGAAAGGAUCCUAUUCCCAAACAGACAUUAAACAAAAAUUCUUUUUAACUUACUGGUUUUUCCUUUUAAAACAAAAAAGAAUUUUUGCUGCAUGUGGUUUUGUUCUUCUCUGGAAGUAAAGCCAGAAGUACAAAACUGUCAGGUCCCUGAGUACUGACUGUCCCAGGCUGCCGCGUCUUUCCUGUUGACUCAUGUUGGGUUCCUCCAGUGAAAAUUUUCCUUAGAGAGAUGCUGCCUCCAAAGUACUUGUCUGCCACCAAACCCAAGAGGUCUUGGGCCCCAAAUCUGUGUGAGCUAGACAGUGACUUGUCUCAGGAGCCGGAUGCCGCCGUAGGAGAAGCCGCCACUGACUCUGAAUUCUUUCAUCAGAGGUUUCGGAACUUCCUCUACGUGGAAUUUGUCGGGCCUCGGAAGACCCUGCUCAAACUCCGAAACCUCUGCCUCGAUUGGUUGCAGCCGGAGACUCGCACCAAGGAGGAGAUUAUCGAGCUCUUGGUCCUCGAGCAGUACCUGACCAUCCUUCCAGAAAAGAUCAAGCCUUGGGUGCGUGCAAAAAAGCCGGAGAACUGCGAGAAGCUCGUUACUCUGCUGGAAAAUUACAAGGAGAUGUACGAACCGGAAGACGACAACAGCAGUGACGCCCACGGCGAAGGCAGCAUGAGCCGGAAGGCAGCAGAGUCCCCGCCGCCACACUCCGCCUGCUGCAGUGACCGGGACUGGGACCAGGACUGGGACCGAGACUGGGAGCGAGCCCGCGAGCGGGAGCACCGGAGGGGCAGAAGCAGGGACCUGGAGUUCCGGGCCCGCUGGCCGUACGCCCGGAGCCCCAGGAGCAGGUGUCAUCGGCGGGAUCUCUCCCUCCCUCUGACGGAGAAAGUGGCCUUUGCAAAGGAAAGAGAGCACAGACGUCGGGACUCUGUGAUGGAUUAUGAGACGAGAUCGCAGGAUGCGGUGUCGUACCAGGAUGUGGUGGCCCUCACCGAGGACCGGAAGCCCCAGAACCCAGUUCAGGACAACAUGGAGAACUACCGGAAGCUGCUCUCGCUGGGGGUUCAGCUUGCCGAGGACGAUGGCCACUCGCACAUGACCCAGGGCCACUCGUCAAGGUCAAAGAGAAGUGCCUACCCGAGCACCAGUCGAGGUUUCCCUGCUCAGGACUCUGUCCUUACAGAAAAGAGAAACACCGAAGAACAACAAAAGAAGGGCACAACGAUGUUUGACAGUAUGCCAUCUGCUAGAUCUCAAUUCCUGGAUUUCGAUCAUUUAGGAGUGUGUAUGGUAUUUUAGGAGCUGGUGACUUUCAAGGAUGUGGCUGUGGACUUCAGUCCAGAGGAAUUAACCUACCUUAGUGCUGCUCAGAGGAAACUCUACUGGGAAGUGAUGCUGGAAAAUUAUAUGAACCUGGUCUCCCUAGGGUACCAGUUCCCUAAACCUGACAUUAUCUCAGGGCUGAAAGUGAAGGAGUCACGUGCAGUGGAGGAAGACAGCAGUAAAAUGAUAUGUCACGGAGAGUCUUCUCCUGAUGAUCCAUUGGGUUUGCACCAGGUCAACCAGAAGAAACUUUUGAGUCUGGUAAAAAUGAAUGACCCCAAGACGCUUGCUCAGGAAAGAAGCCAUGACAGUGAUCAAUUUGAGAGACGCUCAGAUCUUACUAAACAGUCAGAGGGUCUUCUAGGAAAGGAUCCCCAGGAACGCAUUCCUCCUGGAAUUUGCACCAGUCCCCAGCCGGUGGACAGCAGGCCUUUCGUCCAAGAGAACAAACACAACAGAUGUGAAUUUUGUGGAAGAAGCUUUAGUACCCAGUUGGCCUGUGAGAGACACGAGCAGAUCCAUACAGGGAAGAAACCCUUUGAAUGUAAACACUGUGGAGAAGCGUUCUACUUCAUGCCACACCUCACCAGACAUCAGAAGACUCAUUCACGUGAGAAGUCCCCUGGAUGCAAUGAAGGUGGAAAGUCUUUCACUCAGUGUGCAAAUAUCAACAGCUGCAUAAGAAUUCAUAGUCAGGAGGACUACUAUGAAUGUUUCCAGUGUGGCAAAGCUUUUAUCCAGGAUGUGCAUCUUUUUCAACAUCUCAAAGCCCGUGAGGCAGCAAAAGCCCUUCCACCCGCGUUGCCCCGAAACAAGACACAUUUAAUUCGAUAUUAGCAGAAACAUGACUAUGUAGAGAGAGCCUGUCAGUGUUGUCACUGUGGCAGAGUCUUCAUUCGGACUUCACAUCUCAUUCAGCACUACAGAAUUCAUGCUCAAGAGAGGCCUUACCAGUGUCAGCUGCGUGGGAAGUGUUUCAACUUACCCUCCUACCUCACUCAGCAUUAUCAACUCCAUUCUCAAGAGAAACCGGUUGAGUGCAGUUACUGUUGAAAAACCUUGACUCAGAAUAUUCUCAACACUUUUGACUUUCCCCUGGAGAGAGACCCUUUGAGUGCUCUGAAUAUGAGAAGGUCUUCAACCAGCCCUCACACCUUGUUAACAACUUGAAAAUUCAUCGUGGUGUGGUCAGAAAACAGAGAAUGGUUGCAAGAGGUUAGAACAAUCUUUUUGCAAAGGGAGAGUAGCACAGGUGUCAGUCACCCAGGCAAAAAACCUUACAAAG